UGCAGUCAGUCAUGGAUCGUCCUGGGACUCAGAUGUGGACACUUUGUGUCUUGAUGACCUGGAUGUGCGUCGCUCUGGCAGCUCCACAUUACAUGGUAGCCAUACCUGCAGUUGUCGAGGCUGGGGCUGAAUCUCGCUUCAGCGUGAGUCUCAUGAAGCCUAGCAGGAAUAUGGUCAUGACGAUCACUUUGAGGACCAAGCAAGCAACUCUGACACUCUUGCACAAGAUAUCCAGUCUGGAGUUUCACAACGUCUUUAAGUUCCAGGUUCCAUCAGGGCUGAAAGAUGAGGUGGCAGAUUUUGAGGUGGAGCUCCGAGGGGCAAAGUUUUACUCAAAAGAAGUCAGGAAAGUCAUGAUCAGAACCUACGAACCAAUGACAUUCGUCCAAACGGAUAAACCGAUCUACCUCCCAGGACAAACAGUGAAAUUCAGAGUGGUCACCAUCGACACCAAGUUCAGACCUGCAACCCAGCUGUACGACAUCAUCGACCUCGAGGACCCUAAUAGCAACAAGAUUGGACAGUGGUUGAAAGAAACAUCCAAUGGCAAAAUAUUGCAGCUGUCCUUCUCCUUGAACGCUGAGGCCCGUGAAGGAAUCUAUAACAUCAUUGUGUCAAUUGGGGAAAACAAAAUUUAUUGGAAUUUCAAGGUUGAGAAAUAUGUUUUGCCUAAAUUUGAAGUAAAUAUAAAGGCACCCGAUAAAGUCAGUAUUGGGCAGGAAGAAAUCAAAGUUAAAGUUUGUGCACAGUACACAUACAAACAGUCUGUGCCAGGCCUUAUUACAGCUGAGAUGUGCAGACCUCUUUAUCGGUAUAUCAGGGAAACAGAGGAUAUAAAGCCCCCUUGCUUCGUGGAGACAAUGGAGGCGGAUGAGUCAGGAUGUGCCACUUUUGUCUUCAAGAUGUCCACUUUCAAAAAAAUUGUAAAAGUGGUGCAGGCGUCGCUGCUGCUCAGUGCCAAAGUGGAGGAGGAGGAAACAGGAAUAACACAUCAACAAGAGAAAAGGAUUGAGAUUUCCUUUGUUAUCGGAAAGCUGAUAUUUAUUGACACACCAAAGGUUUACGCGAUGGGAUCAGACGUGGAAGGAAAAAUCAAAGCAGUUGAUUACGACGAUACACCCAUUCCUGACAUGCCGGUGUACCUCUUUGAGGGUGAAAUUAGGUCGGAACGACUCACAACUGACUGUGAUGGAGUCGCAGAUUUCACGUUCAGCACAGAUGGAUAUAACGGUGACAUCUACCUCAGUCCAAGUAACACACCUGAGAGGAGACCACCUUACAAUGUUGAAGAGGGAUACUUUGAGAUAUUACAACACAAGAUUUCCAUGACCCGGGACGUUUCUGUGGAUAGUAAAACAGUGAGCUCCCUGGAGGUGCAGAAGAAGGAGAAACCAAUUCCCUGUGACACAGUGGAAAAAAUUUCCGUCAAAUUCACCAUAGUGGGAGAGAGACAAGGCACUGCAACUUUUAUUUACGUGGUCUUAGCCAGAGGAGCCAUCGUCAUGCAAGGAUAUGGCAAGAUUGAAGUGCAAGAUCAAACAGUGACUCAGGGCGAGAUGUCUAUUAACAUCAGAGUGUCCCCUGAGAUGUCCCCAGACGUCCAGCUUGUGGCUUACGCUGUCCUCCCCAGUGAGAUGGUGAUCGCCCACAGUGCUGACUUCUCCACUGAGAAAUGCUUCAGGCACAAGGUGUCGCUGGAGUUUUUUCCGUCCUCAGCUGUCCCAGGAGAGGGAAACACCCUGCAGGUGACGGCCCAGCCAAACUCUCUGUGUGGUGUGAGCAUUGUCGACCAGAGCGUCCUCAUCAAGGAGCCUGGGAAAAGUCUUGACAGCAACAGGAUAUUUGACUUAUUGCCCAUCACAAAGGUGUACUAUAUUCCCUUUGAAGUUCUGGAUACUAUAGAGUGCUUGGUUGUGAGGCCUAAAAGAAGCAUUUGGCCCCGUCCUGAUGUGACAGAUGACCCUUACACCGUUUUCACGAAUGUAGGGCUGAAGAUGGCGACAAACUUGGGUGUCCGAGUCCCUUCAUGUCUCCAAUACGGAGGAAGGAAAUACGUCCCUGAUCAAGGUUACGUUGUUUUCUAUGAGCCUAUGCCAAUGAAUCCACAACUUGCUGAGGCUUCUGGAGGAACGCUUCCACCACCAAUAGUGACAGUCCGUACUUUCUUCCCAGAGACUUGGAUAUGGGAUCUGAUAGAAAUUGGAGAGACUGGUACCAAGAAUGUGCCCCUCACUGUUCCUGACACCAUCACCACCUGGGAGACGGAGGCUUUCUGUUUGUCCUCUCAGGGUUUUGGUUUAGCUCCUCGUAAAGAGCUCACCGUCUUCCAGCCUUUCUUCCUGGAGCUCAGCCUGCCUUACUCCAUCAUCCGAGGCGAGAACUUUGAGCUGAAGGCGACCGUCUUCAACUACCUGUCCAGCUGCAUCAUGGUCACUGUGACCCCAGCCCCCUCAUCUGAUUUCACACUCUUUCCAUACCUUGAAGACGAGUUCAGAACAUGUCUGUGUGGUAAUGAGCGCAAAAGCUUCAGAUGGACCCUGACCCCUUCAGUCAUAGGAGAUGUGAUUGUUUCUGCGACUGCUGAGGCUGUGGUGUCCGAUAUCACAUGCAACAACGAGGUAGUGAGUGUGCCAGAGAGAGGUCGUUCUGACACGGUCUCAAGAACUCUUAAAGUAAAGGCUGAGGGAAUCGAGAAGAUAAAGUCGUCCAACUUGCUGCUGUGUCCAAACGAUGAGACUUUGACGGAGGAAGUAGAGAUACAGCUCCCCGAGGAUGAGAUUGAUGGAUCUGGACGUUCUCUUGUAUCAGUCCUGGGUGACAUCAUGGGCAGAGCCCUGAAGAACCUGGACGGUCUGCUGCGGAUGCCAUAUGGUUGCGCUGAGCAGAACAUGGCGGUUCUGGCCCCCAACAUCUACAUCCUCCAAUACCUGGAAGACACAAAACAGUUGACCCCAGACAUCAAGGCAAAGGGUACCAACUUUCUGACCAGCGGUUACCAGAGACAGCUGAACUACAAAAAUAACGACGGCGCUUUCAGCACAUUUGGAUCAGGAGGAUCAGGAAACACCUGGCUGACCGCCUUCACGAUGAGAUCUUUUGUCAAGGCUCAGAAUUUCAUCUUUAUCGAUCCGAAAGUUAUCAACGAUGCUAUGAUCUGGCUAACAAACAGUCAAAAGGGCAGUGGCAAUUUUAAACUGAUGGGAAAAUUCUUCAACAACCAAAUAAAGGGCGGUGUGUCUGAUGAAGUGAUAAUCACUGCUUACAUCACGGCUGCCUUCUUGGAGAUGAACCCGACUGUGACUGAAACUGUCACUAAGAGCCUCUCGUGCCUGAAAAAGACGAUCGAUAACGUCGCAAACACCUACGCUACAGCUCUGCAGGCGUAUGUCUUCACUCGCGGAGACAUGGAAACCAGUUACAAACUUUUGAGUCACCUUGACAGUGUGGCGAUAAAAGAAGGAGGUUUCACCCACUGGGCUCAGACAGCGACAAACAGAUAUUUGUCUGUAUCUGUGGAGAUGACCUCCUACGUGCUGCUCGCCCUACUGUCGCCAUACUCGCUUCCUGCUGCCCCUCCUUCCCCCGAAGCACUGGGCUACGCCAGCGGCAUCGUCAGAUGGCUGACCAGGCAGCAAAAGUAUUAUGGAGGCUUCUCCUCCACGCAGGACACAGUGGUGGCCCUUCAGGCUCUCGCUCUCUACUCCACCCUGGUGUUCAAUCCUGAAGGUUCGAGCUCAGUGAAUGUCAAGUUUUCUGAUGAGGGGAUUGAUUUUGAAGUGAACCAGGACAACAAGCUGGUUACCAGGAGCACUGGUGAUGGCGACCAGACAGGAAAGUACACAGUGGAGGUGGAGGGCAAUGCAUGUGUCUCAGUGCAGAUUUCUUAUCACUACAACGUCCCGCCUACUCCCAUAGCAACAACACUUGACGUGGAGGUCAGUACGAAGGCUGAGUGCAGCAGCUCAUCUACCAGACCUACGAUGACUCUGACUUUGAAGAUUGUAUAUACGGGAAAACGAGAAACUACAAACAUGGUGAUCGUGGAUAUCAAAAUGCUCUCUGGAUUUGUCCCAGACGAAAAGUCUUUGAAGGAGCUUAAAGGUGAAGCACAAGUGGAGCGUAUUGAACACGAGGAUGACCAUGUUGUGGUGUACAUAAAAGAGUUAUCAAAGGACAUCCCCAUCCAAUAUGACCUGGAGCUCAGACAGGAACUUCCAGUGUCGGACCUGAAGCCAGCUGUGGUCAAAAUCUAUGACUACUACCAGCAAAGUGAUCAAGAUGAGGCCAAUUACAACUACCCUUGUGUUGCAGGUGAUCAAGAUGAGGCCAAUUACAACUACCCUUUUGUUGCAGGAAAGGUUUGAAGUCUGGUCGACCCUCAGCUCCUCACUGAUUUCAGUUUGAUACAAAAAAAAAAGAAAUGCAUUUUUUCAAAGUAACUAAACAGUCAACAUCUGUGUAACCAGUGUACGUGUGAAACAUGGAACUCGUGCCACAUUCAAUAAAACGCAUUCAACUUC